AUGUCAGCAAAAGCAGAAAAAUGUCAAUCUCAUCCUCAGAAGAAGGUUAAGUUUCUAUGUGAGGAGUGCAAUAUAUUGGUGUGUGGUGAUUGUAUUACAUUACCUGGCCACAGAGGCCAUGCAUUUGUGAAGCCACCCAACUUACCUUCACAGCAGGUUGAAAAGUUAAAUGUUCCGUUUGAAUUUAACUUUGACAAAGCACAUAAAUUGGCCAAAAAGAUAAAGUCACAUGAUGAAGUCACCAAAAAUAUUAAUAAACUGUUCAAGACAUAUCACGAGCAACUGAUAGUGGAAGAGCAUAGAUUGGCGAAGCCGGUACUGGAGAGUAGGCAACAAUUGGUAACUAUUCUCGAGAAGUAUAUCGCCCAGCUCGGUGGAAAUGACACGUUGAAUACAUUCGAACGUUUCAACAUCAACACCAGAAAAUGGGAUUGUCUCGACAGUAUCCCAACGAAAGGUGGUUCCUCACUUGCCUGCUACUACGAUAACGGUCGAUACAUCUACCUUAUCGGUGGUAUUCAGAACAAUAUUACCAUGGACCGUAUCGACAAAUUUGAUAUCUUGACUGGUAAAUGUAUUCCACUGUCAACAAGUGAUUCAUCAAGUGCUGAAAAAUCACUAAAGCAAGGUCGGAGUUCAUCAAACAAAAAUCUUAAACGAAACAAGCACUCCAAAUCAUCUACUACCUCUAUCCUUCACAAACGAAAGAGCCAGCGCAAAAUUAAAGCUACAAAGAAAAACAUCUCUCGUAAUAUAUUUGAUGUUUUGGAUAACCUUCAACAAUUUACUCCACUUUAUCACGAGGUUAUAACUGUACAAGCAAUGAGGCAGGUGUAUAAUACAAACAUUGAAGAGUGGCAGAGCCAACCAAAAGGAGAUUAUCAAUUUUCACAGGGACACUUUGACAUGGCUAAAAACAAUGAAUAUAAAACCGAGAAUAGGUUUAUCAUCUCAAUGGUGGCCAGCAAGAUUGAUGACUUGGCAAGAUACUCCCGACGUGAGAAUAGAUAUAUAGAACCAUUCAAUCCAGACCCAUAUAUGAACCAGUUUGAUGUUGAUGAUUUGGAGUUUAGCAUUCACCUUGUUAUAAAUUGGUAUGAAGCCAAUUUACUGGAAAAAGAGUCAUUAGUUGCACUACUGAAUGAUGCGAGGUCAGUCUCUUCAUUGGAUUUCUUCUACGAUAGUUUCAAUGUUGGGUCAAAGGUGGUUGCCCAAAAUCGUAAUCGUUCCGAGGUCAUGGUGGUUCUCCUACAACAACUAGACUCACUGGAAAGUGAUCCAACACUUUCAUGUUUUGCCAAAGAUCUUUAUGAUCUUAUAAUACUAUCCCUUUCACUCAUUCAAAAACAAUGA